GGAAGGUGCCGCCCCUGAGGACGUGUUUCCGCAUGCGAGGCGACUGCUUGUGGCUGUGCGAGAUGGAGGAGGAGGCCAUCGACUUCCAGGUCGUCGAGGGAGCCGACCCCAGGCGAGUGACGGAGGACCUGAUGAACCAGAGCUUCCCCUCCCACGAGGGCCCCCUGUGGCGUGCCAGGCUGGUCCGAGGAGCCGCCGGCGAGGACUGUCCCCCGGAGGAGGUGCGGGCGUCCUUCCCUCACACGAGCCACCUCGUCCUCGGGAACCAUCACGGCAUCGCCGACGGAACCUCCAACGUCAGGACCUACAACCUCCUGCUCAGGAUCCUCAAUGACGUCAUCGCCGGCAGGCCUAUCGACGACCAGGAGCAGCUGGGCGAGAUGGUCGUCCAGGAGGAGUUCAAAGCAAUGGUCAGCGCCAAACUGCGGGAGCUUCAGAAGGACCCCGAGAACCUCCAGCGCUUGGUGGAGGAGAAAGAAAAAGCCAUGACAAGCGUCCCCCUCCUGCUCCAGUGUCACCCGUCGUUAGAGGGAACAGAAGUGAAAACGAAACUCAUCUUUGAGGAACUGGACGAAGACACGACGCGCAGGUUCUUCCACAGAUGCAAGAAGGAGGGCGUGUCGGUGGGAAGCGCCUUCACAGCGCUCAUAAACGGAGCAACCAUCGACCUGGCCAAGAGGGCCGGCCGCACGGACGAAACGUUCACACUGCAAGAGGUGCAUACGCUGAACCUUCGUCGGUUCCUCUCCGGCGACGCGUCGAAGCACCUCGGCAUUCACUCCACCCUGUUUGCUCAUGCUGUCGAGGCCCCAGCGGCGUGGCGGGAGUCUUUCUGGGACUACGCAAGGACACUCCACCGCAGCUUCCAUACCAAGCUGAAGCAAGACGGCCACUUGCUUCACCGGUGUCUCGUCCAGCUGACGAAACCUGCCUACCCAACCAGUUCCCUUUCGCUAAAGCUUCCUCCUCCUACCGACGACUACCUGAGUUCGAACAUGCAGGACCUGGACGCCCUCCUCCCGUACGCCGCCGGGGAACACGCCCAGGCCGCGCGGGUGGUCAGGGGCGCCUCCAACUUCAGCAGGUUCUCGGGUUACUUCGUCCACACCUUCCGCAAGAGGCUCUCCUGCAGCCACUGCUUCUCGUCGCACAUCAUCGCGGAGGACACAGCGAAGGCCCUCAUCCGAACCAUCUUCGACAGCCUUCGAGGUCUCGUGUGAAGCUCAUGUCGAAGGAAAACAGCGUCGAUAUGAGUAACGAAUUAGUGUUAUAUAUAUAGGCUAUAUAAAUAGGUAGAU